UCUUCGCCUUCAUUACUCCAGUUAAACCAAAACCGUCCCAGCGCUCUCUCUCUCUCUAACAAGGACUUGGCUUUGUCUUGAAUGCAGACAAGCUCUCCUACAAUUCCUUCACUUUCAUCUUGGUAACUGAAGAAAAUCAAGUAAUGGGCAGGGAAAACAUAGAAGAAGGAGAAUUAUCAAGCCCUCUGGUUCUCGAUAAUAGAUCUCAGAUUCGUGGAAGAGAUGAUGCUAGUGUUGGUGGAGAUGAGCAGGGUGGAGGUUCUUCAGUAACAACUGUGGUGGUGAUAAGCACCCUCGUUGCUGUCGCUGGUUCAUAUGUUUUUGGCUCAGCUGUAGGAUAUUCAUCACCCACACAAUCUGGAAUCAUGGAUGACCUCGGUCUCUCUGUGGCAGAGUACUCACUAUUUGGUUCUAUAUUAACAAUCGGGGCAAUGGUAGGCGCAAUAAUGAGUGGGAGGAUUGCAGAUUACACUGGUCGAAGAGGCCUAAUGGGCUUUUCAGAAAUAUUCUGCAUCAUAGGAUGGCUUGCAAUAGUAUUCUCAAAGGCUUCUUGGUGGCUUGAUGUUGGAAGACUCUUGGUAGGAUAUGGGAUUGGGCUGCUUGCUUAUGUGGUACCUAUUUACAUAGCUGAGAUUACACCCAAGGACAUUCGAGGAGCAUUCACCACGGUGCACCAGUUGAUGAUAUGUUGUGGUGCUUCGGCAAUGUAUCUUAUUGGAGCUUUUGUGCCCUGGAGAAUUUUGGCACUGAUUGGAACUAUUCCAUGUCUUUUUCAACUGCUUGGACUAUUCUUCAUUCCAGAAUCUCCUAGAUGGUUGGCAAAGAUUGGACGAUGGAAAGAGUGUGAAGCUGCUCUGCAGCGUCUUAGAGGGGAGAAUGCUGAUAUUUCUGAUGAAGCAGCUGAGAUUAAAGAUUACACAGAAGCCCUUCAACAGCAUUCUGAAUCUAACAUAUUUGAAUUGUUCCAAUGGAAAUAUGCUCAUUCACUCAUUGUUGGAGUGGGCCUGAUGGUGCUGCAACAAUUUGGAGGGGUCAAUGGCAUUGCAUUUUAUGCAAGUUCUAUAUUUGAAUCAGCUGGUUUCUCUGGUAGUGUUGGGACUAUUUCAAUGGUUGUUGUCCAGGUUCCAAUGACAGCACUGGGAGUAGUCUUGAUGGAUAUAUCCGGGAGAAGACCACUUCUGAUGAUCUCUGCAGCUGGAACUUGCUUAGGUUGCUUUCUUGUAGCACUUUCAUUUUUGUCACAGGACCUUCACAAAUGGCUGGAGUUCUCUCCCUUUUUGGCACUUAUUGGCGUACUGACUUAUACAGGAUCAUUCUCACUAGGCAUGGGAGGAAUUCCUUGGGUUAUAAUGUCCGAGGUAUUUCCUAUAAACAUGAAGGGCACUGCUGGAAGUCUAGUGACAGUAGUUAACUGGUUAGGUUCUUGGAUUAUCUCCUAUGCUUUUAACUUCCUAAUGAGCUGGAGUUCAUCAGGGACAUUCUUCAUAUUCUCAAGCAUAUGUGGUUUAACUGUUCUGUUCGUCUCGAAGCUGGUGCCAGAGACCAAGGGACGAACAUUGGAAGAAAUACAAGCAUCCAUGAAUCCAUUUUCAGCAAAGUGAACAGUGUUUUCACGGCUGCAACCUGUAGUGAAGCCCGAGUUCUGUAACCUGAAAUACAUUGGUACUGAGUAUGAACAAACAUACUGAUUUGCAUGAGAAACAAGCUUGAAACUAUGUAUUAAAAUAAUAUUUCAUAUUAAUAAUCUAAGCCAAGAAUUGAUUAAAGCA